UGCGCUUCGCUUUCAUCUUCACAUUCGUCCCUUCCAACGAAGCUCAACAAUGGCAAGAACCAAGCAGACUGCCCGCAAGUCCACCGGUGGCAAGGCCCCAAGGAAGCAGCUCGCCACUAAAGCAGCGCGUAAAAGCGCACCGGCUACCGGUGGCGUGAAGAAGCCUCACCGUUACAGGCCAGGAACAGUGGCUCUGAGGGAGAUCCGUCGCUACCAGAAGUCCACUGAGCUGCUGAUCCGCAAGCUGCCCUUCCAGCGUCUGGUCAGAGAAAUCGCUCAGGAUUUCAAGACCGACCUGCGCUUCCAGAGCUCUGCUGUCAUGGCUCUGCAGGAGGCUAGCGAGGCUUACUUGGUUGGUCUGUUCGAGGACACCAACCUGUGCGCCAUCCACGCCAAGAGAGUGACCAUCAUGCCCAAGGACAUCCAGCUGGCUCGUCGUAUCCGCGGAGAGCGUGCUUAAGCCUUUCCCUCUAAAUCACCAACGGCUCUUUUAAGAGCCACCC